AAUACCACAGCCCUCUUCCCAACACCAUUUUCUUCUGCAGCAGAGUUAAGUAGUGCUGCCAAGGAGGGCGGGGAGGAAAGGUUUCUCUUUUCAGAUAAAGCCCAGCCAUGUGGGCAGGGCUGGGGCUAGUUCUGGCUCUCUGUCUCCUCCCAGGAGGAGGGACAGAGAUCCAGAACUGCCAAGAGCCCCCAGAAUGGCUUAUUGGGGAAGAGAACCCAAUGCUGAACUCCAGGGGCUCAGUGACGGUGGUGGCUCUCCUCCAAGCUAGCUGAUACCUGUGCUUGCUGCAGGCUUCCAGGUUGGAGGGCCUGCGGGUGAAGUUAGAGAAUGAAGGACUGGUCAAUAUCUCCUAUGUGGUCGUCAACCAUCAGGGGACUUAUUCUCAGAAAAAAAUUCACCUCCUGAAAGAAAGUGUUUCAGACUAUAUUACUGUGUACCAGCAAGGUGAACAGCAACCUGAUGUUUGGACUACCUUAAAUGGAAACAAAGAUGACUUUCUCAUCUAUGACAGAUGUGGCCGUCUAGUUUAUCAUCUGGGCCUGCCCUAUUCCUUCCUGUCUUUCCAAUAUGUAGAAGAAUCUAUCAAGAUUGCGUACUGUGAAAACAAGUGUGGAAACUGCUCUUACACGGAACCUGAUAUUGAUGGUAAAUGUGAAAACAUCACUAAAACAGUAGAUGAAGAACUAGCAGAGGUGGAACCCAAACCAGAUGGUCAACAUUCACAUCACCACAACCCACAUAGACAUAGACACCACCACCACCACCGCAAGGCCAGUCAUCAUUCCAGAAAUGAGAACCAUCAGGCCCCUUCUGACAUUCUAAGACAUCAUCCUCACAGCAGUCGUCAUCAUAAAGUUUUUGGUCGUAACAGACAUAAUCAGACAGGUAGUCAUGCACAGGUAGACACUGUUCCUCCUCAAGAAAGUGUGGGAAUUGCACAUGAUAAAAAGCUAUGAAAAAAAGGGAAAACCAGCUGUAAAAACCAGUUAACUUGAAGCUGGCAGACAGCAUCAGACUCAACUUAUAGUAGCUGAUGCUGUCAUUGUCGACACCUUUUGUUUGAAGAGAUAGGUAAUUCUGUCACUUGACAGUGUCGUGGAGCACUUCCCAAUUCUUGCAGUUGACAUGGCCAGCUGUCCGCAGAGGACAUCACUGAAUCUUGACAGUGUCGUCUGCUCACUGCUGCUUGACAGUCACCAGCAGCAGGAGCAAGUGAAACUGGCGACACCUGACAGUGACAAGAAAAUGCAAGAAAUUGAGCCUGAAAAAGAAACUAAGCACCUUAAAAAUGGAAGGGAGUCCUAUUGCCUAAAUUCCUAUUGUUGUGAGAGUGGAAAAAUUUACACAUUAAGUGAUUUUUAUUACCCUCAGUUAAAAAUCAUACUAAGACAGGUGUGUACAGUGAAAAUAUUGUGAAGAAGUAGACUUUUAGACCACUGCUCUCAGAAUUACACAACACCUGACAAUUUCCAACAGUGAAAAGCUUCAUAUCUAAAGGAAUUUAACUGACUCUUAGUUUGUUUUUCAGUUGAACUGGGACGGUGUCUACAUUCUUGAUUAAUUUGUCUUUCUUGUUUCUCUUCUAAAAUCCUGCUUGCAUUUGUGAGGACAGGAACAUAAACUACGUCCUAGGGGUUCCUGUCUGAUGUCUUGCAAUCAAGGAUAGAAGAUAAUCAAAAGAGAGAUUUUAACCAUUUUUAUUAAGGGGAUGGAAUAUAGUAAAAAGUAGAUUGAUUUAAGUUUUUUUGGUUUUUAAGGAUUUUUUUUCUAACCUGGGGAUACAAAUUGUGGGAAGAAAAGCUUAUUCCUAAGCAACGUGCCAAAAUAACUUUUUAUCUCAAAUAUAAGAUAUCACUAAUAAUUACAUUAUUUUAAAGUAACAGAUUUAAAAUCUUAAGUUUUGUGGCUUAGAUAUGGUAUCAAGGUCCAUUAACACCUACUACUAUAGAUUCUAAAAUCCCACUAAAUUGGUAAGGUCAUGCCUGAAGCAAGAAAUAGUGUAAGAACUGUUCAUGCAGAAUCAGUAUCAAAAGAGAGAAGGGCAGAAUAAAUAUAAUCUUUGUUUCAUGUUUAUUUUUGCUUAUAACAAUGUUGACUUUGAUAAAUCUGUAUUGAUUAAUAAGGUAAUAUACCACUUAAACUUUUUUAACUUCUCUGUAACUUUGAUUAACUGUGUUGAAGCAAAAAUAGAGUUGUUUGAAGGAUUCCUGGAUGAAGAAGAGAAUAUUCAAGAAGGCAAAACUGCUUUGAAAGUACACCAUAAUUAAUGACGGUUUAAUAGGGAAAUUGUUACUCCUGUGAAACCUGAAUGUUUUUAUGGUGAAUGCUAAUUAGCAAGAAAGUAGCCCUGAAUAUACACAGAAUGUGUGUGUUUGGAAUAUUUGACAAGAGCGUUUUCAAUAAAAAAUACUCCAUGUUUCUUCA